UGUGAUCACACCCACCUAACCAUUUUUAUAUGACUUGUGCGUAGACUUGUGAGGCAAAUGCUGAGGAAAGAGACUAAAAGCAUUUCAUACACACCCUAAGAGAGGCUUGCUCAAUCAUUCAUAUUAAUCAAUCCAGUAAACAAAAAAAGAAAAAGCUGCAGAUUAGCAGACUCCUCCAACAUGGCUGAAGCUGUCGUUUCAAUGGUGAUCCAUGGGCUCAGGCCGCUCGGAAGCUUGAUGAUUCAGCAAGCAAUGUUCUUCAAUGGAGUCGGCGAUAAAGUUGAGCUUGCACAAACCGAGCUACUCUUGAUGCAAGGCUUCCUGAAAGAUGCAGAUGCACGACAAGAAAAUGAAGAAGUGGUACGCUUAUGGGUUAAUAUUAUUAGAGAUGCUGCUUACGAUUUGGAGGAUGCCAUUGAAUCUUUUGUCUUGAAAGUAGCUUUCAAGAGGGAAGCAAGUGUGAAGGUAGUUCUCAAAAGGUUUGCUUGUUUCUUGUGCAAAGGAGUGGAUCGUUACAAGAUCGGAUUGGAAAUCGAGAGCAUUACGACCAAGCUUUCUAGGCUCAGGUUGACUAUGCAAAGCUAUGACAUAAAGCAAGAAAAGGGGAAUGAAGGUGCUGCUACUUCAAUGAGGCAGCGAGAACGCAGGCUAACCUAUCCUCAUGUUAUUGAUCAUGAUGUUGUUGGGUUAGGGGACGACACAGAGAUGUUAGCUACAAAUUUGGUGGAAGAAAAAGGCCCUCAAGUGGUAACUAUUUGGGGCAUGGGCGGCUCGGGAAAGACCACUCUUGCAAAACAAAUUUACAAUCAUAAGAAAGUCAAGUCUCAUUUUGAUUGUUUUGCUUGGGUGUGUAUAUCUCAACAAUGUGACGGUACAGCAGUUAUGAAAGAAAUUUUCAUUAAACUUAGCGGUGUGUCCGAUGAGCGAAGACAAGGAAUUGCAAAUCUGAGUAAUGAUGAAGUAGCAGAGAGGCUGUGCAAUUUCCAACGACACAGAAAAUGUUUGGUGGUCAUCGAUGAUAUUUGGACUCUUGAUGCAUGGAACUCUUUUAAAGGUGGAUUUUCGGUGAAUGAGGAAACUGAGAGCCGCAUAUUACUGACCACUCGCAACAGAGAAGUAGCUUCACUUGCAAGGGGAAAUGGCUUACUCUACGAAUCUCAGGCACUAAGUGCAGAUGAAAGCUGGAAUUUGUUUCGGAAGAUAGCAUUCUUUGAAAUGGAUGAUACAAAUUCAGACUCUCAAAUUUAUUCAAAGAAGGAAGAACUGGGAAAGAAUAUGCUUCAACAUUGUGCAGGUUUGCCAUUAGCUAUUAUCGUGCUCGCAGGACUACUAGCUAGAAAAGACACAAUUGAUGAGUGGGAAACUGUGCAUAAGAAUGUUAAUGUAUAUAUAAGGAGAGGCACAGACCUUGAACGAGAAUACAAAGGUCAAAAACACGGAGGUGCUUCAUGGGUCUUGGCACUCAGUUAUGACAACUUACCAUAUCGCUUAAAACUAUGCUUUUUGUACUCGGCAAAUUUUCCUGAAGAUUAUGAGAUACCGGUGAAAAGACUGACUCAGCUAUGGAUGGCAGAAGGUUUUAUAUCCACGACAUCAACAGAAAUGAUGGAAGAUGUAUCAUAUAGUUGCUUGAGUGAAUUGGUGGAAAGGUGUAUGGUCCAAGUUGUGGACAUUGGUUUAUCUGGGAAAAUUAAAACUUGUCGUCUUCAUGAUCUUAUGCGAGACUUGUGCUUGUUAAAAGCCGAAGAGGAGAACUUUUUACAUGUUGUCAAUUUUUCUACAGGGACGAGAACCAAUACAACACAAGUCGGUAGAGUUCGAAGAGUGGCAAUGUAUGUGAACAACACAGUUGAUCAAUUAGUUCCCACUACAAGAGGUGCUCCCCUGAGGUCACUCUUAUGCUUCGGCCCACAAUACUUUUGGAAUAAAAAACUAAAAAAAGUCAUCCGGUCUGUAUUCAAUGACUUCAAGUUGCUUAGAGUUCUGGAGUUAGAAGGUAUGGGAGGACUCGAGAAGUUACCGAGCACAAUUGGGAAUCUGGUCCACUUGCGGUUUUUAAGUCUAAAGCGUAGUAGAGUAGAAAACUUGCCAUUAUCUGUAGCUAACUUGGUGUGUUUGCAGACUUUAGAUUUACGUACUGGUAGUCUUAUGAAAAUCCCAAAUGUGUUUAAGAAGAUGGAACAAUUGAGGCAUUUAUAUCUACCCUGGUAUUAUUACAGGGUACGUGGGGAGCUCUCAUUGCCUACAGCUUGCAACUUGCAGACGUUAGUCAAUGUUGAAUGUGAAAACUGUGAUUUUAAUGCCCUUGUUGAAUUAUACAAUCUUAGGAAACUAUCCAUCCAGGAUUGGGCAGAUGUAAAAAACUGGAAAAAACUGGAGGAAUUCUUGAAAUCGAGAAGUAGUCCCACAUUCCACCAUCUUCGUUCUCUUUCUCUGCGACUGUAUGGUCAUGAUUCAUUAACGGAUCUAUCGGGGUUUCGUUUUAUAUACAAGCUGCGACUGGUGGGGACCUCAAUCAAGGAGUUACCAGAGAACCUCCUGUCCUUUCCAAACCUCAUCACGAUAAAGCUGGUAGAAACUCAACUAAAGGGAGACCAGAUAGAAAUACUUGAGAAGCUGCCACACUUGAGAGUGCUUUACCUUCGAGGUCGAGUUUUCUCCAGCCUUCCUUCAAACACACUGGUUUGCAGCAAUCGAGGAUUUCCCAAUCUUGAAUUUCUUUCCCUCGGAAAUUUGCAUGAAUUGAAAAAGUGGAGGGUGGAGGAAGGAGCCAUGCCCCGUCUCCGCAGAUUGUGCAUUGAUACGUGCGAAAAAUUGAGAGCAGUUCCAGAUGGGCUUCAAUACGUUGCUACCCUCAAGGAGUUAACCGUCAAGUGCAUGCCAAGUAAAUUCUGUAGUAGGCUUGGCGAAGACGGGGAGGAUUUCCACAAAAUCAAACAUGUACCUUCUCUUAUCAUAACAGGAACUGAACAGAGAGACUUGGAGGACCUGAGGAAAGAGCGAGAGAAGUGGCGGAAGAAGUUGCUGGGGGAGAGAGUGAGCAGGCGUACGUGGACAUGUCUCAAUUCGAUUAAGCCUGGGCCUUGUUUCCGAGGAGAUCGCCGAUACAGUUAUGGCGCUGUUUCUAGGGUUGCUGAGGAGGACGCACUUGCUCUCGCGCCAAACGCUUUCGGCUUCGGGGUGGCGAGGUCUCUGGCUACUAGGAGCUUCGCCUUCAAGAUCAGUGUGCUGUAUUUUGAUGUAGAGGUAAAGGAGAUGCCCAAUGUAUUGAUACUUCCGCAGAGUGCAGAUUAUAGCGAAGAAGUAUGGCUGGAGAUAAGGGAGAAAGCAAUAUCCGUAUUGCAGACAUUCUUCUUUGAUGGGGUUGUUCCAAAAAAUGUUGUAUCUGAUGAGGAUGAGGAGGAAAGUGAAAUAGGUGAUGAAAAUGAACCCUCUGAUAAACUGGAGCAAGAAAAUCCCUUACAGCUAACCCUUGUUCAGCAAUUAACUGAUGUUAGUCAUGCAAGUCCAGAAAGCUCCCUGAAUAAAGUAACCAAUCAAUCCAAGGAGUCUCCUAGCCAGCAAGACUCAAGAAGUAGGAAAACACCUAUAGAAUCAAUGCAAGAGUCGCCUUCCGACCAGCUUCUAAAAUCCAGAAAGAGGCUGAGUGGAAAGCGUGGUGAACUGUUAAAGGAUGGCUAUGUUGUAGCUCUAUAUGCAAGAGAUAUCCCCGGUCUUCAUGUUGCAAGGCAAAGAGUUAAAGGUAGUGAUUGGUUCCUAGAUACCAUGUCAAAUGUAAUGAAAAGAGAUCCUGCAGCUCAGUUCCUCAUUGUAAUCAGAAGCAAUGAUACCAUUGGUUUGCGAUCUUUUGCUGCUGGUGGAAAGUUAUUGCAGAUAAAUAGAAGAAUGGAAUUUGUAUUCGCAAGUCACAGUUUUGAUGUUUGGGAGAGUUGGAUGUUGGAAGGUUCUCUGGACGAGUGUAGGCUGGCUGUUUUGGAUGUAAGCAUCGAGAUUCUGGCCACUGUAGGCGAAGAUGAUGGGACUAUCAAAUUUAUUCAAAGAAGGAAGAACUGGGAAAGAAUAUGCUUCAACAUUGUGCAGUUGCUUGAGGGAGUGGUAGAAAGGUGUAUGGUUCAAGUUGGUGAUAUUGGUGUAUCUGGGAAAAUUAAAACUUGUCGUCUGCAUGAUCUUAUGCGAGAUUUGUGCUUGUUAAAGGCCGAAGAGGAGAACUUUAUCCAUAUUGUCAAUCUUUCUGGAGAUAUGAGAAUUAAGCAGACCUUAGUCAAUCUUUACAGUGAAGACUCUGAUUUGAACGAUGUUGAAUUAUCCAAUCUCACAAAACUAUACAUUGUGGCACCAAAAGGGUCAAAACACUUGGAAAAGCUGGAUGAGAUGUUGAAAUCUAGAAGCAUCACAUUUAACCACCUCCGAUCUCUGUAUCUGUUGGAGGACCAUAGUGGAGGGGAUAUUAUAGUAUUAAGGUUUCCGUUCAUUUCUAAACUGCGACUGUUCGGACUCACACGGUUACCAGAAGAGCUCUUGCGCUAUCCAAACCUUGUGAAGAUAAAACUGUAUAAUACUUAUUUGGAGGAAGACCAGAUAGAGGUUCGGUGUUUUCGUCAGCCUUCCUUCAAACACACUGGCUUUGCUCCGGUGCAUGGAGGCUUUCCACGUCUUGAAUUUCUUUCAAUCAAGUGCUUGAAAGAAUUAAAAGAAUGGACCAUGGAGGAAGGAGCCAUGCCUCGUCUCUGCAGAUUGAACAUUGAUCAUUGUCAAGGAUUGAGGGCACUUCCAGAUGGACUUCAAUAUAGUACCACCCUCAAGGAAUUAGUACUCAAGCAGAUGCCUAUUGAAUUGUGUAGUAGGCUUGACGAAGAAGGAGAGGAUUUCUACAAAAUCAAACAUGUGCCUUCUGUUAUAAUCACUGAGAGACAGUUCAUUUGGGAACUCAAUCAUGAGAUACUAGGGCCAGUUACAAUAACGGUCCAGUAUUAGGUCUGAGGAAGAAAAUGAACCCGAACGAGAAACAUAGCUGCAGUGGUCCUGAUGAUUCUCAGGAAUCUACUGUGGAUAAUGGUGAAGCUAUAGGAAAUCUUGCCAGCAAGGAUCUAAGAUCUGGUCUUUAUGGAAGUUUAAGUUUUUUAUUUCCAGUUUUACUUGCCAGUUUAAUUGUGACAUUUUACAGUGUUGUACUUACGCAUAUUUAGCAAUGCUUUUUAGUCAAAUUUUAGCCAAAGUAGCUAAAAAGUCAUUUUGACUAACCACUUUAGAAAUACGUUUGUAU